GUGGCGCCAGCGGUCCCCGACAACCCCCGCCAGCCUCAGUUUGGUGCUGGCUGAUGAGCGACGGUAAUCCUUGUAGACCAGUGCCAUGGCUUCUCGGUAUGAUAGGGCAAUCACUGUAUUUUCCCCAGAUGGACAUCUUUUCCAAGUGGAAUAUGCCCAGGAAGCAGUGAAGAAGGGAUCCACUGCGGUUGGAAUUCGAGGUACCAAUAUAGUUGUGCUUGGGGUAGAAAAAAAAUCGGUUGCCAAGCUUCAAGAUGAAAGAACUGUGAGGAAAAUUUGUGCUCUUGAUGACCACGUUUGCAUGGCUUUUGCAGGACUGACUGCAGAUGCUAGAGUAGUAAUAAACAGAGCCCGAGUGGAAUGCCAGAGCCAUAAGCUUACAGUUGAGGAUUCAGUCACCGUAGAGUAUAUAACUCGCUUCAUAGCAACUUUAAAGCAGAAAUAUACCCAGAGCAAUGGACGAAGACCUUUUGGUAUUUCUGCCUUAAUUGUAGGUUUUGAUGAUGAUGGUAUCCCGAGAUUAUAUCAGACAGAUCCCUCUGGUACUUACCACGCUUGGAAAGCAAAUGCAAUAGGCCGAAGUGCUAAGACUGUUCGAGAAUUUCUAGAAAAGAAUUACACAGAAGAUGCUAUAUCAAAUGACAAUGAAGCUAUCAAGUUAGCAAUAAGAGCAUUGCUUGAAGUUGUGCAGUCUGGUGGGAAGAACAUUGAACUGGCUAUAAUAAGAAGAAAUCAACCUUUGAAGAUGUUUAGUGCCAAAGAAAUUGAGUUACAAGUCAGUGAACUAGAAAAGGAAAAGGAAGAAGCAGAGAAGAAAAAAUCAAAGAAAACUGUCUAAUCCUUAGGAUGAAUAUUGGGAGCUUUUAGUAUUUUGUUGUACUGCUUGGAAUUACUUACUGGAGUUUUAAAGGAAAUAAGUUUUCAGUGUUGUGUUUAGUGCUGGUAUGUGCUGCUUUGACAAUGCCGGAUAUGUGGUCCUGUCUAGUCUAUCACACAGUAUCAAACAUACGUUAAUGUGAGGACUUUCUUGAAAAGAAGAUUCUAGUAAUUGUUGAAAGUAGGCCUAAUCCCACAUGAGCCUGAAACUAUAGCUUGUCCAGUGUGCUGCUUUUGUUCACAUAACCAAAUUUAAUUAAGGGAAAAUUUCCAAUUUUAAAAAAUCAGUAAUUUAGUGAAAUUUGCAUAUUCAUUGUCAGUUAAAAGCUCUUUCAAAAUAUACUAGAUUUAACAUAGAAUUGUAUUUGUUUAUAUAUUGAUAAGUUGUUAAACUUUUGUCAGACUUCAUUUUUAAAUAAAUAUUUUGGGUUUUGUAUUGUC